UAUAGUUUUGAUACGUACCGUAUGUACGUACAUGCAUAUAUGUACCUGUUUGGUUUGUUUCCUGAAGCCGUGUUGUAGGUCGUGAUAAAGAAAGUCGGCAAAGUAGGAAAAGAACGGGUUGCGCAAAAAUAAAACGCUUGACUGAUAAAAAAAAGGUGUGACGUCCAGUGUUAGUCAAGUGGUAGCGGUAGUACCGUAACUCGUGGAUUCGUCGGUUGUCCUGUUUCACCUGUGCCUGCAGUUCACGCCGGUUCACGCCCUUCUUCUUUUGCACCGCUCUCACUAACGGUUAAUCGACGUCGACCACUUCUUUUGCCGUUUCAAAGAAAAUCAACUGCACUGCUAUCACCAUCUACCGGAAGUAGCUGGCAACUAAUCUCGCUUCGCGCGGUUCUUCCCCGCUCACGCCACGCCGUUUCGAAUGAAUGAUUCCGAACCACUCGCAAAAUACGUAGCCUGAAAUAUUGAAAUAAAUUAAAAUUCAAGUCUUAAAUGAAUUGUUUAGAUGUUUAAAAAAAUGGUGCUGCUAGUUGACAAAAUAAAAUUAAGACAGUUGUUAAAAAUUCCCGUUCGAUAUAAAAAUCCAGACCACCACUGGUCUGUACUUAAAAAGAAGAAAUCACACACCGAUAAAGCGUUAAAACAUUUCGAUGAAUUCUAUAGUACUGUUUAUGGAAAUAAUUGGGAACACAUACGUGCUGCAUUGUUGAAUGAAAGGCAUAAAUACGUAGCUGUUGUAAAUAAUUUCAGUGAUACGGAUAUAAUACGAUCUGAGUUGGAGUUACUUGGUGCAGUACACUUAAAAUCUCUGUAUGAAGUUCAUAAAGAAAAUACUGAGCGCUAUAAAAUUAUUAAAAAAUCGCAAAACUUGAAUGAAUCUGACAAUUUCAAUGAAUCAGUGAGCGAUUUAGUAACUAAAGCUCAUUUAGCAAAACUUGAAUCAGUUUAUCCUGAGGAUCAUCCGCAUUUACAUGAACUGUUAAAAUCAGAAGAUACAAAAUCUGAUACAAAAGACAGUGGACCACAGGAAAUAAAAUUGCAUUCUAUAGAGCAAGAAUUAAAUGAUGUUCAGAUUGAUCACAGUCGUAUUAUUGAUUCAAAUGUAAAUUUGUCUCUACUCCAAGAAUAUGUUCCUGCAACAAAAAUAAAGGGUUUGGAUGACUGGGUUCUGGAAUCAGAUCAGUUCAAAUUUUACACCCAAGCUCAGGAUUUCAAAAUAGAAGUGGUCAAAGAAUCUACCAUAUCAUUUCCAGAACAUUUACAUGUAUAUACUUUUGAAGGAGGAAACUUCACCAAAUUUCCGCAUCCUCCCUUAGGACCUACUGGUGUGCGAGAUUACUAUUUAUUCGAUGGUGCAUCUAUACUUCCCGUACUAGCUCUAGAUAUACAGCCAGGCGAUGUUGUACUCGAUAUGUGCGCUGCACCUGGUGGAAAAGCCUUAGCUAUUAUCCAGACACUCUACCCUCGUCUAAUAGUCGCUAAUGACAAUAAGCGCGCUAGAGUAAAAAGGAUAGAAGAAGCUAUAGCGCAAUUUCUUUCAGAUAUGGCUGAAUCUCAAAAAAUGGUAGUUGUAACAGAAAGGGAUGGUAGAAUUAUCGAUGAAAAGAAUGUGUAUAAUAAGAUUUUAGUUGAUGUGCCGUGCACAACGGACAGGCAUUCUUUGCAUUCUAAUGACAACAAUAUUUUUAAACCAUCAAGAAUAAAAGAGAGAUUACAGCUACCGCAGAUUCAGACUGACAUAUUAACAAAUGCAUUGAAAUUGGUGACAGUAGGAGGUACAGUUGUGUAUUCAACGUGUACUCUUAGCCCUAUACAAAAUGAUGGCGUCGUACAAGUUGCAUUGAAAAAAGCGUGGGAAGAGGCUGGAUGUGUUAUGGUCGUAAAGGAUAUGUCCGAGCCGUUGUUACCGUUUCAGUGUGUAUAUAAUUUCGGUAAAAUCGAUUUAAAAUAUGGCCAUAUUGUUGUUCCCAGUUUAAACAAUAAUUGGGGUCCGAUGUAUUUUUGUAAAAUGGUAAAAGUACGGUAAAGCACACGCAGGGGUGAUAGAUAAGCUUACAGAGUAGCGUUGCAAUUUUUCGAGAACCUGUUACCGUGAUCAACCCUUUAUCCUGCAUAAUGGCUAACGACUUGCUUAGAAUCAUAGUGAAGAACCACAUGCAUAAGAAUGGCAUGGAAGAGAGGCCAGCAUUCUGCAAAUGGAAAAAUUAUUUAAUAUCGUAUGAAAAAAAAAAAUUAAUACCAAAUCUUAAAUAAUAAUAUUCACCGAGCUCAUGUCAAAUUUCAAUAUCUGAUUCAUGAAGGUAGGCAAUUCUAUAAGCAACAUGUACCACCCAAAAUUACUGCAGAAAUGGGCGAUCAAAAUUGCCAUGAAUGGUUUAGAUCUCAAUACCUCACCCCAUGGGACUGGUAAUUUCUGCAAAAUUAAGAAACAAAUGUGACAUAUUGAAAGAUGAUUGCCGAGGUUUAACGAACCUCAUUGUGUUCGCCGUUAUGUCCAUGGUGACCUUGGGAUUCAAGAAUGUAAUCCUUCUCUUCUUGGCUAAUAAAUCUGGUCUGUUCUUCAGGAGUAUCCGCGAUCAUUAUCCACCAAGCUGUACACCAGAUCAAGCAGAGUAAUCCUUCGAUGUAAAAUAUCCAUUUCCAUUCGAAAUUCGCAGCUAGUAUACCCGUUAGAAGGAUGGAAAUCACGGUACCAAGUGCAGUUCCUAUUGAUAGAAAAAUAAUAUAUCUAAGGUAAUUAAAAUAUCCACGUUCACUGUACAAGUGUAAUAGAAUCUAAGACAUGGAAAUGUUAAAUAUUGAAAAUAAAGGGAUUAUUUUACCUGCAUAAA